AUGGGCAGCCACCUCUACGUGGGGCUGGGGACUAGUACUUGCCAGAGUAUAUCCACUCAUGACGCAAGGAAGCUAAGAUCUGCUCGCGCCAUGCCGUCGGUUCUUACCAGCAUCGGUGCCACAUCAUGCGUCACGGGCAGAAUGGAGGCCCGUAUGGAACGGAGGUCCGUAUCUGUCAAUGCCCGCUGCUAG